AUCCACACGAGGGGGAGGAACCCUUCCCAGGACUUUGGUCAGCAUGAGGCUGGAUUCAGCUGAGCACAGGGCACAUGAAAUACUGCUCUGCUUCUGAGAAAAACAGGGCUUCUGGCCCCAACUGCCCGGCCCCUCACGAAGAUGUUUCCAGGAGUCUGGUUGUGCUGGGCCUCACUCCUGCUGCUGACCAGGCCCACCCAGCCUUGUCCUGUGGGCUGUGACUGCUUUGACAGAGAGGUAUUCUGCUCAGAUGAGCAGCUGGCCACCAUUCCACCGGACAUCCCCUCACACGUCACAAACAUUGUUUUCAUGGAGACUGCCUUCACCACAGUGGGGACCAGGGCUUUCAACAGUAGCCCCAACCUGACCAAGGUGGUCUUCCUCAACACUCAGGUCCGUCACCUGGAGCCUGAUGCCUUUGGGGGACUGCCCAGCCUGGUGGACCUGGAGGUGACAGGCAGCCCCUUCUCCAAUAUCAGUGCCAACGUCUUUUCUAACCUGAGCUCACUGGGGAAGCUCACCUUGGACUUUGACAGGCUGGUGGCUCUGCCUGAGGACUUCUUUCACCACAUGGACAAACUGGAGUCCCUUCAGCUUCAGGGAAACCAGCUUCAGACUCUGCCUGGGAGAUUGUUCCAGCCUCUGCAAUACCUGAGAACCCUCAACCUGGAGCAGAACCUUUUGAGCAAGCUCCCGAAGGGGCUGUUCCAGUCACUCAGCAGCCUGCAGAUACUGAAGCUGAGUAACAACAUGCUUUUCAGCCUCCCCGAGGGCUUGCUGGGCAAUCUGGGCAGCCUGCAGGAACUCUUUCUGGACAGCAACAGCAUCACGGAGCUGUCCCCACAGGUGUUCUCCCAGCUCCUCAGCCUGGAGAAUCUGUGGCUGCAGCACAACGCCAUCCGACACCUGCCGGCUUCCAUCUUUGCCUCCCUCUGCAACCUGACCUAUCUCAAUCUGCAGGGCAACGUGCUGCAGGCUCUGCCUGCCACCCUCUUCACCCACAACCCAGGGCUGCUUCACCUGUCUCUGUCCUACAACCAGCUGGAGGCCAUCGCCGAGGGCACCUUCGCCAACCUGUCCCGCCUUGUUUCCCUCACGCUUGCACACAACGCCAUCACACACCUUCCCAAGGAUGUCUUCAGGGACCUCGAGCAGUUGGACAGGCUUUUUUUGAACAACAACAACUUGACGGCCUUGCACCCGGCCCUCUUUCAGAACCUGUCCAGGCUUAAGCAGCUGAACUUGUCGAAGAAUCAGCUGACCAUGCUCCCCGGGGGCAUCUUUGACACCAACUACGACCUCUUCAACCUGGCCUUGUCCGGCAACCCCUGGCAGUGUGACUGCCACUUGGCCUACCUCACGAGCUGGAUCCGCCUCUACAACGACCAGAUCCUAAACACCCGUACCUACUGCUCAGGCCCAGCCUACCUUAAGGGCCAGCUGGUGCCCAGCUUGAAGAAGGAGCAGCUGGUGUGCCCUGUCACCCCGGGCCACUUGGGCUUCCUGGCCCUGGGGCUGGAUGACAGGGAGCCAGCAGGCAGGUGGGAUCUGGCAGUGAAGGGGAGGGCAGCCCGCAGCCAGUGCAUUUAUAGCAACCCUGAGGGCACUGUGGUCCUCGCCUGUGAGGAGGCCCAGUGUCGCUGGCUGAGCAUCCAGCUGUCUUCCAGACAAGGCUCGGACACCCCGGCAAUGGCUUACAAUUCCAGUCAGGAGUGGGAGUUAAAGUCAAGCUGUGGCUCCAUGAGGGUCGUUGUGUCUAUUGAGGCUCAAGCUGCUGGGCCCUAAGUGCAACAAAUAGAUCCAGAAGCCUGAACUAGUGACUUCUUGAGGCAGGGGAGCUGAAUGUCUGAAGCUAAUGUAAGGGACAUGGGCUGCAUCUCCAGGGUAGGGAGGAGUGAGGCCUGCUUCACCUAGUGUCUCUUCGUCUUCCUCACUACACACUCUUGGAGCCUAUGGCCUAACAAGGGCUUCCUCAACCCAACUUUGGAAACCACACCAUGGCCUAGAACAGUGGUUCUCAACCUUCCUGACUCCGUGACCCUUUAAUACAGUUCCUCACAAUGUGGUGACCCCAAACCAUAAAAUAAUUUUCAUUGCUACUUCAUAACUGUAAUUUUGCUACUGUUAUGAAUCAUAAAUGUAAAUAUAUUUUGGAGAUAAGAGGUUUGUCAAAGGGGUCAUGACCCACAGGUUGAGAACACUGGUCUAGAGACUAAAACACCCCGGCAACAAUAUUUUCCUAUUAUUUAACCCCACCCUACUCCCUGAUUUGAAUCUAGUCUUGAGAUUUGUUCACCACUACUAUAGUUAUACAAAGUAGAGGCCACAUCCCUUUGAUAGAUGAAAAGCCAUUUCUAGCCUCAUGAUAGAGAGAGCAAAGGGAUGUCAGAGGAGCUGAGCUGACUAGAAAAGGCUAGGGCAGGGGUGUGCGGGGAAACGGUAUCGUCCUGGCAACCUCUCAAGCUGCAUCCAGGAGAAAUCAAGGCGAGGUGCUGCCUGAGCCAGCAGAGCCCGCCUGCGUGGCUCUCAGGAGGGCAGUGUGGCUUUGCCUGUUCAGUCCACAAGAUGGUUGUUCCCUGAGGAGGGAGCAAAAGCCUGAGGAAGGGGAGGAGAGGAGCUGGUAGUUGGGAGUAACUGCCUUGUGCCAUGGCUUUCAGGGCAUCUGAUGCUGAGCUGCUCAGUCACUGAACGGCUCUCUUCUUCCUCUGGUUUCUAAGAUGUCUCUGCUACCCCAUCUGGGGUGUUCCUCAGCCACCACUCAGGGCAUGGGCUCCGCAGCACCAAUGGCCUCACAUCUUCAUCUCAGACUCAGCACUUGUCAGCUGCACACCGACCUCUAUAUGAUCAACCAGAGAACAUCUAAGCAGUGUCCCCACCAACUCCUGAUUCCCAUAACCAGAGAACAUCUAAGCAGUGUCCCCACACCAACUCCCGAUUCCCAUAACCAGAGAACAUCUAAGCAAUGUCCCCACCAACUCCUGAUUCCCAUAACCAGAGAACAUCUAAACAGUGUCCCCACACCAACUCCCGAUUCCCAUUCAGCAGAAUGGCAAGUCCAGAUUAGGAGCUGGGGGUGUUCUCACACAUUUCCGUGCCCCAUCCUUAGGUCAGUGGAUGGUCGGAGGCUGCUCGUUUGUUUCCCGGCCACUCAGACCCGAAAUAAUCACACAGAAACUUAAUUAAUUAAAACACUGUUUGGCCUAUUA